UCCUCUAUUUCCUUCGUCCUUCGUGCUUCGUGACGCGUGAGACAGGGUCCAGUCCCCGUUCACGCAGUUGAAUCGAGGAAUUCUAUGCCUUGUUUGCUUAUUUGGAUCUUCCCCUGAUCGCUAAACUCUAGAUUUGGUCGCAGAUUCUCAGUUUUUACGUGUAUUUUUUGAUCUCUCGUUUUUUUUUUGGGAGAGAUCUUCUCAAAAUUGUUCUUUGAUUCGUCGGACGCCGCGUGGGAGAAUCGCUUAGGGAAGUGUGAGAUGAACCCUCGAGGCAGGUUUCCUCCCCCCGGCAUGGGUAACGUCCGAGGGAGUAGCGGGGGCGCAAACCCUGGUUCCUAUCCGAGGAAUCCUCAGCAGCAACAGCAGUAUGUGCAGCGGAGCCAAGUUAAUAGUCAACCAAACCCGCAGUUCCAGCAUCAACAUCAGCAGAAUCAGCAAUGGUCGAUGAGGAACCAUAUGGAGGUUGAUUCUAGCGCAGGGGAAUUAGCGAAACGCGUUCAGUCUGAGGUCAUUGGUUCCAGUUCCCAAGAUUGGAAGGCACAAUUAAAGAUUCCACCUCCUGACACACGCUACCAGACUGAGGAUGUAACUGCGACGAAAGGAAAUGAGUUUGAAGACUAUUUUCUGAAACGAGAACUUCUUAUGGGCAUAUAUGAGAAGGGUUUUGAAAGGCCUUCACCUAUUCAGGAAGAAAGCAUCCCUAUUGCACUUACUGGCAGUGACAUUCUUGCCAGAGCUAAAAAUGGAACUGGAAAGACAGCUGCAUUUUGUAUUCCAGCACUUGAAAAAAUUGACCAAGAGCACAAUGCCAUUCAAGUUGUGAUAUUGGUUCCAACAAGAGAAUUAGCUCUUCAAACAUCUCAAGUUUGUAAAGAACUUGGAAAACAUCUGAAGAUUCAGGUUAUGGUAACUACUGGAGGAACUAGCUUGAAGGAUGACAUUAUGCGUUUAUAUCAACCUGUCCACUUGCUUGUUGGAACUCCUGGUCGAAUACUUGAUCUUGCAAAAAAGGGAAUCUGUGUUUUGAAGGACUGUUCAAUGCUCAUCAUGGAUGAGGCUGAUAAACUUCUCUCUCCAGAGUUUCAACCAUCAAUACAGCAACUUAUUCAGUUUCUUCCUGCUAAUAGACAAAUUUUAAUGUUUUCGGCAACGUUUCCUGUUUCUGUUAAGGAUUUUAAAGACAGAUACCUACCAAAACCAUAUAUAAUCAAUCUAAUGGAUGAGCUCACACUGAAGGGAAUAACACAAUACUAUGCUUUUGUAGAAGAAAGGCAGAAGGUCCACUGCCUGAAUACUCUUUUUUCAAAGCUUCAAAUCAAUCAAUCUAUUAUAUUCUGCAAUUCUGUUAAUCGGGUGGAACUCUUAGCAAAGAAAAUCACUGAGUUGGGUUAUUCUUGCUUCUACAUUCAUGCUAAAAUGUUGCAAGAUCAUAGGAACCGUGUCUUCCAUGACUUUCGCAAUGGUGCCUGCAGGAACCUUGUUUGCACAGAUCUCUUUACCAGAGGAAUUGACAUUCAAGCUGUUAAUGUUGUCAUCAAUUUUGAUUUUCCUAAGAACUCUGAAACAUAUCUUCACAGGGUUGGUCGUUCAGGAAGAUACGGUCACCUUGGUUUGGCUGUCAAUCUUAUUACCUAUGAAGAUCGUUUUAACUUGCAUCGGAUUGAACAAGAACUUGGAACUGAGAUAAAGCAGAUUCCUUCUCAGAUUGAUCAGGCUAUAUACUGUCGGUGAACAGCAGCAGUUUAUGUCUCGCAGUUUGUUGGUGAAUAAACUACGUGGCUACUUGUAUAUUUUGGCACAUCAAGAUUCAUAUUUGUCACCUUGUAUGUGAUGCCCAAGUGGGAUUGGAAAGCAAAGUGAACUUUUAUGAUCAUCUAAAAUCGUAUCAUAGGCUAUUUUCUAGUACACAUUUGGUAACUUCCAAUUGUUGUUGCUAUUAACUUAGUAUGUUGUUAUAUCACAAGUAGAUACCCAUAGCAUGCAUAUUCAACAAGACCUUCAACUGUUUGCACUUCUGCUCUUUGUGCUAGUAAGCAGAUGAUUGUUAUAUGGCUUCAUGCUAUUCCGGUGAAUGCGACACAGAUCGAGAAUGCAAAGCUAGGUUGCAGUGUGCAUUGUGUUAUAAAAUGUUGCAUUUGGAACACUAAUGCAUACUUGUCCAUAUGUCGAUGUCAUAGUCCAUGUGGCUGUGCUGCCUUUGCAUUAUAUCUCUGUACAUUGUUUCUUCGAAUUCUUAUAAAUUAACUAUUGGAAUGCCA